AUGGCCGCCGACAUGGUGCGGGUCAACCGGUGGGCUCCGGCGGCCUCGCCCACGGGCGGCCAGCACGUGGCCUACCACUCCGGGCUGGAGGUGCUCGGCACGGAGUACGUCUUCGGCGGCGGCGGCGCCACCGGCGCCACCGGCGUCAGCAUCCAGCGGCCGAGGGUGCCGCCCCCGGGGAGCGGCUGGACGUUCUACCAGUCGGUCGAGGUGGCGCAGCUGUCGGUCCCCAGAGACCAGGUGACGCAGAUUGUGCAGGAGCUGAAGGUGGAGUUCUCCUCGGGGUCCUACGACCUGGUCUCGAGGACGAACUGCAACCACUUCUCGGACGCCCUCUGCAAGCGGCUCUGCGGGCAGGGCAUCCCGAUGUGGGUGAAUGCCCUCGCAGGGAUCGGCAACUCCCUGGGGGUCGGGAACCUCAUCCGGAGCGCCAUGGGACAGUCCGCCGGCGGCCCUAGCGGGCUUUUCGCUCCUGUUGCUGUUGCUGCUCCCAUCGCGCAGCCACCGCCGUCGCCAUGUCGUCGUCGCCGUCACCGCCGCUGCCGGCAGCGUCUUCGCGGCCUCGAGGCUUGGAGGACUGCGGUGCUUGGGCGUUUUUUGGCCCUUCGCGUGGCGGAGGACGUCGUCAUGGGGGAAGCAGAAGGAGGAGCAGCAUGA